CAGCUAGAAAGCGUGUACCACCGAGAAGACGAGGCAACAUGGCUCCCGGAGGUGGAAGGAAGAGGCUUCACCCCUUCUAAAGCGGGAAGAAGAGCGGCCGGAAAGGAGAAAAAAGAGAAGUGACUAGAGCCCAUCCUCGCUUUUAUUCUCCCAGCCUCUCCCGGGUCCGGUCUGCCUCUCCCCUUCUCUCUACCCAAAUCCAAUUUGUGGUCUCCUCCCCUCCCCGCCCUCAUUCCCUCGCUUCCUCACCCCUCCCCUCGGGAAUCCUUUUCCCGCCCCCCCCUCGCCCCCCGCGGAGUGCGCACGCGCCCGCCCCCAGCUUCGCGCCCAGAUCGUCGCCUAGCCUGCUCGCGCAGCCGCUAUCGCGUCUGCCCACCGACGAAGCAUGGGUGUCCAGGGCUUCCAAGAGUUCCUGGAGAAGCGCUGUCCCGGGGCCGUGGUGCCCGUGGACCUCCUAAAACUCGCGCGCACGGUCUCGCGCCAGCAGCAGCAGCAGCACUUGCACCGCCCGCUGCCGCCGACGGCAGCCCUAGCGCCCGGGGCUCCACGCGCCGCCAGGGGCUCCGUGCCUCUGCAACCGCCGCUUCCGCCCGCUGCCUUGGGUGCCUACUCCGGGGGCGCGGGGCCGACUCGGCACCAUCACCCCGCUCACCACUUCCACCAUCAUGGCCAGGCGCAGCCCGGGCUGCACCCUCCGCUGCCGCCGCCGCCCCCUCCGCUGCCCGGGGCUCGGGUGCUGGUGGACGCCGGCUCGGCGCUGCCGCGGCUCUAUGGCGGCUACCAGACGGAUUGGGUGUGUGGCGGCCAAUGGAACGCCAUGCUGGGCUACUUGUCAGCGCUGUGCCAGGCUUGUGCCUAUCCUGGCGGCGACGGCCUGGAGCUCGUGGUCAUGUUCCCGGGGGGCCUGGGCAAGGACCGGCUGGCCGAGUGGGGCCGUCGGUGCCAGGCCGAGCGGCAGACAGCGCAACUGAUCGUGGGACACGUGGGCAACAAGGGCACCCCUCCACCGCGGGCCUGGUUCCUGCCACCGGCCUGCCUGAGCCACUGCGUGAGGCUAGCACUCAUCCGCUUCCGGGUCAAGGUCUUUCAGAGCCUUGAAGACCAUCAUUUGGAAGUGGUGGCGUUUUUCAGGGAAAAUGGCUUCCAUGGCCUUCUUGCCCAUGACUCCGAGUAUGCUCUCUACAAUAUUCCCUCUUACUACAGUUCCCAUGCUCUGAAACUGAGCUGGAAUGGGAAGAACCUCACUACCAACCAGUUCCUGAUGCAAGAAGUAGCCAAGCAGCUGGGCCUGAAGAGGAUGAAUUUCCCCAUAUUUGCUGCACUGCUAGGUAACCACAUCCUCCCAGAUGAGGACCUGGCUGCUUUUCACUGGAGCCUCUUGGGACCAGAACAUCCUCUUGCAUCACUUAAGGUUCGAGCUCAUCAGCUGGUUCUUCCUCCCUGUGACGUGGUGAUCAAGGCUGUUUCUGAGUAUGUCAGUUCCAUCAAAGAUCCCUCAAACCUGGAUGUAGUUGGGAAGGAUGUUUUCAAACAGUCUCAGUCCAGGACAGAAGAUAAAAUAGAGCGAUUCAAGAAAGCAGUUGAGUACUAUUCAGUCACAACCAAACUCUCUUCGCUGCCAGUGGGUCCCUCCUUUCUAGGUUUUCGGAAUAAUAGGCUUGGAAAUCCUCCCCUUCCACGAAAUCAAGUGGGCACCAUUUCUGCUGGAAAGCCAAUGUUUUCUCAUCAAGUGCCCCAGAAAGUGAAAUAUCCACCACCAUUCCCAGUGGGACCCAACUCAUCUCUUCUCUUCUCCUCCCAUGCUUUGGGGGAAUCCCAUGCUUUUUCUGAGGACCCCAUGCUGCAGAACAGCCCCUUUGCCAGUUGGGCUGUCUCCUAUGACUCUUCUGCAUCCCAGUUUCCCAAUUACCUGCCUUCUAAAGCCUCACCUCCUUUGGGACCAGACUCUUCCCACUCCUCUUCCUCUGAUGGUGAUGAGCCAAAUGGAGCUAGCUCUGAUCAUAUCACAGAAGCAUUUCAGCACCAGCCUGAGUGGGGAAAUCCCAAUCGUGACAGAGGAUCCUGGGCACAGCCUGUUGAUACUGGAGUUUCAGAAGCGAGCCUAGGUGAUGGUGAGCCCCACAUCCCAUCUCUGCUGUCUAUGUCUACGAGGAACCACAUGGAUAUCACCAUUCCACCCUUACCUCCAGUAGCUCCAGAAGUCUUGAGAGUUGCUGAACACAGACACCGGAGGGGUCUUAUGUACCCAUAUAUCUACCACGUCCUCACUAAGGGCGAAAUUAAGAUCCCCGUAUGUAUUGAGGAUGAGUGUAACAUGGAGCUGCCUCCAGCUGCUCUCUUAUUCCGGUCAGCUCGUCAAUAUGUAUAUGGAGUUCUUUUUAGUCUGGCAGAGACACAGAGGAAAAUGGAACGCUUGGCCAUGCGACGGCGGCUGCCUGUGGAAGUUCCUUCAGUGAUCCUUAAAGAGUGGUCUGCCUAUAAAGGGAAGUCACCUCAAACCCCUGAGCUGGUGUCUGCACUGACAUUUCGGGAAUGGACUUGCCCAAACCUCAAGAAGCUCUGGCUAGGCAAAGCAGUUGAAGACAAGAACAGAAGGAUGCGGGCCUUCCUGGCCUGUAUGAAGUCGGACACGCCCAGUAUGCUCAAUCCAGCUAAUGUCCCCACCCAUCUGCUGCUCAUGUGCUGUGUACUCCGGUACAUGGUUCAGUGGCCUGGUGGCCGAAUCCUGCAUCGCCAUGAGCUAGAUACCUUCCUUGCACAGGCAGUGUCUACUCAGCUUUAUGAACCAGAUCGACUCCAAGAACUCAAGAUUGAGAAACUGGAUGCCCGAGGGAUCCAGCUUGCUGCCCUCUUCAUGAGUGGAGUCGACACAGCUCUGUUUGCUAAUGAUGCCUGUGGCCAGCCAGUCCCUUGGGAGCAUUGCUGUCCAUGGAUUUACUUUGAUGGCAAGCUGUUCCAGAGCAAGCUAAUUAAAGCAGGCCGAGAGCGAGUAUCUCUGAUUGAGCUCUGUGAUGGCCAGGCUGACCUGGCAACCAAAGUGGAAAAGAUGAGACAGAGCAUCCUUGAAGGAGUCAACAUGAAUCAUCCACCGCCUUCUGCUCUACUUCCGUCACCUACUUUUGUGCCUCCCAUGGUGCCCUCUCUCUACCCUGUUUCACUUUAUUCCCGAGCUAUGGGCUCCAUGCCACUUCCCCCUCAAGGGAGGAGCCGGGGAUUUGCAGGUCUCCAUCCAAUCCCACCCCAAGGAGGAAAACUGGAGAUUGCUGGGAUGGUUGUGGGCCAAUGGGCUGGCAGCAGAUCCUCCAGGGGCCGAGGAUCCUUCGGCAUGCAAGUGGUUUCUGUCGGUGGGCCAGGAAAGGGGCAUGGAAAAGAACAGACUGGUAGAGGAUCCAAGGGACACAAAAAAGGAAAUAAGCAAGGCUCUUCAGAUGGAGUUUCUAAAUCCCUGGAGCUUCAUCAAGGUCGGUCUCGCUCCCAGGUAAAUGGAAACAGUGGCGCAUUGAUCAAGGAAGAGAAGAGUGAUCACCGUCUUCCAGCUCCAUCACAAUGUGCCUUAUCCAGAGACAGCAAUGAGUGUAAUAAUGGUAACCGCUACCUCCCUAUGAAUAAUAGGGAGAAGAACCACUUACAAGAGCAAAAGCUAGAAACUGUGGCACAACGGAAAGAGGACUGACAAGCUGAAGAUGGCUUCACCAAACCAGGAAGAGGGAAAAACUUUUACUUUUCUGAUUUUAGGCCCAAGCUAGAGGAGGAUAUAAAUGCUUACCCUAGAUUUCUCCAGAAUUUUGGUGGGAUGUCCUAUUGUGUCCAUCUUUUCCCCUUCCCUGCCUGUUUCUGGGACUUCAGAUUCAGUGGUCUCUUUCUGGAGAAGUUCUGGUCAAAGAUGAAUGGCAGUAAGACUAGCUCCUAGUCUCAAAUUGAAUGUAUAGCACCAAUAGUUUAUUUAUCUCCUCUGGGAGCCUAGUAAGGCAGUAGCUGUCAGAAAUUGGGUAUCAUCACAUAAGGUCCUAUAGAAAAGCUCUAGCUUUGGUUUUACUGAGCAUUUAUAAUGAUACUCAUUAUCAUAGACUUAUAAACCUAUGAGGUUGUGGGGACAGCUGUGGCUUCCUGAGGUUUUUUUCUUUUUUUUUUUUCCCUCUAUGAAGUGGUAUCUACCUCUUCUUCACUCCUUCCAACUUACCUACCCCUGGAUUUUGUACCACCACCUCUAGCUUUGGCCUGACAAUCAGAUAGGUAGAUGUUUUCAGAAAAGUAAGGUAGUAUUGGUUAUUUUAAUUUUUAUUUUUUAUUUUAUACACUUCAAAAAAACUAUCAAUGGCCUUUGUACUGGGGGAUUCAAGUGAAUCAGAAAAGUACUGGGCAGAUUUUUCCUGCCUCUCAACCAGUGCAUUGUUUGUAAAAUAGAAGAUGUGGCACAGUUCAUUCACUCCCUAUUGCCCACACCAUGAAAGGGUGGGGAUCAGUGUAAUGAACUUGAGUACGAAAGGGACUCAAAAGACUCUGUGUGUGUGUGUGUGUGUGUGUGUGUGUGUGUGUGAGUGUGCUUGUGUGUGUGUGUGGGUGGAUGUUGUGUGGGUGGGUGUAUAUAUGAAUGUGUGUAUAUGCAUACACAUACCCUUUAUAUAAAGAGACAGAUCUAUUUAUCUAUACAUAUUUUAUAUAUAUGUAAGUGUGUGUGGAUGUGUGUAUAUAUGUGUGUGUAUAUAUAUAUACACACAUACAUACAUACAUACAUACAUACAUACAUGGUGAUGUCCCAGAGGAUUUACUCAAUUUCCCAGAAAUGCUUCCACUGCUAUGGAGUGGAAGGUUUCAAAAGACCACACUUUAAAUCUGAAAUUCUUAUUAAGUCACAGCCCAUCACAAUUAUGAGAAGUUGGAUGGGCUUCUCUAAAUCAGACAAAAAGUACUUUCCAGAAAUUGCCUGUUCAGAACAAUAAACUCUUGGGUUGUUACAAGCUUAAUUUUGAACAGAGCCCUCACAUCCCAUAUGGUGAAAACAGGAGGUUGGAAUGGGAUUGGGAAGAGUUGGGCAUUUCCUUAUGAAGGUUUGGAGAGAAAAGGAGGGGGAUGGGAGGUGACUACCAUUUGAAAGGGCUUUCAGCCAAUUUGGAGGAAAUCUCUUCUGGAACUCCAGGGUCAAAUUGGUUUCAGGCUAGAAUUGAUUGACAUGAAUCCCUGAAGGAGAGAGGACUAGCUUUGGAAAGAUAGGGUAGGGAAGUGUGAGGAAACUGACUAUUUGAUUUUACACGCCUAGAUUGUUUCAUUUGUUCAUUGACAUUCUGACUACUGGAUCUUUUCAUUUGCUUUGCAAGGAAGACCUUAGAGGACUCUGGCCUGGGCCUUGAGAAGAAUUCUAUUAAAAGAUUCUCAGCCUCCUGUGUGGCCAGGAUCUGCCCAGGAUAAAGAGGCUAUUCCUCCUUGCUGGAGAUAAUCUUGAGACAACCUUGCAUUUCCAGUUUCCCUCCUUGGGCAGCCUAAGUAUGAGGGUGGGAAACAUGGCUUGCAAUAAAUUAGCAUUGUGUCUUCAUUCAGGAAUUGAGGCUUCCAGCCUCAUAUACCUCCUUUUGGGCUUUGUGAUAUUCUUGCCCAAGAAGUACCAUUUCUACAGAAAUACAACUGACUAAUCUUCUAGCAGGGUUCUUUUUGAAAAACCCCAUGCACCUUAACCCACAGCAGGUCCUUGGUGAUUUUUGCCCAACCAGAAGACUAUUUGCUUACUGCCCACUUACAAUGACCAGAUCACAGGAAAUUGAAAACAGUGUCAGACUAUUUAGUCCUAAUCUGUCCCAGAUUAAGAGAAUCCAUGAUUUUCAUUGGGAGGGAGCCCUGGAAUGCCUUGACCCCUGCCCAGAUACUUCUUACAUAAACCAAAGAAAGAUGACAAGAGUGUACAUCUAACCAGACAGAAGUAGAAACAAAGUAUACAAAAACCUCCUCUUUGGAAUCAGCUCCCCUAAUGUGGUCCCCCUUCUCUUGGACCUGCCCAACCUGUCACAACAUCUUGAAGGUAGGACUUCUAUAUCCAGCAAAGGAAGGGAUAGUAGUAAAUUUACAUGGCUUGGAAUUUUCUUUCUGGAGCCACAGAGGGAUGAAUCCUUUGGAGCUCUAAAAGCAGCCAGUAUCACUGAGCUGUGAGAUACCUAUAUCUCCAUUUUCUAAUAGGAAGCACUUGAACUUAAAAUUGCUAAGAUAUUUUUUGCAGUUGCUAUUUCUGUGCAUCUUGAAUCUAUCUGACACAAUCAAAUGACAGUAUUGUUAACUCUCACACCAUUAAGAAAAUUUCUUAUUUUGUAGGCAUUCACUGUGAGAGGUAAAAUUGCUGCUUUGGCAGGGAUGAUUCCAGUUUGCCAAAAGGCUUUUCUUCCUUCCACAACCUCUUUUUCCCCCAGCCCAGGGUGAAACAAGUGGGUCAUCUCCAACCUUGAUUUUUAUUUGGAUUCAGCAUUUUGGGUUUGGAAGGUUACAAGAAAGAACCAUAAAUGGCCAUAUUCCUAGAUUUUUAUUUAUCUGACAAAAUACACAACUUAAAAGCCAGGAAAACUAAGGUUCAUUACUGGGAGAUGAACUUUUUCUAAUUGGAGGACAAAUUGUGGAAGGUGGGGUCUGAUUUUUGCUUCACCACUUGAAGAGACUGUCAUCCUUCACCUGAGGUUCCAUUUCUAGCUUUUAUGUGACCUCUCUUGAACAAAGUCAUUUGGGAACCCCCAGAAAUGACCCCUUUACAUUGUAGGACCAUAAGCAAAACACUCUGGUUGUGUAUAGUCACUGAUCCGCAAGGACUUGCAGUUUUUUAUUUCUGCUGGUGUGUCUUGGGAUCAGCUUAUAACUCCUACUCUUACUUAGUCAGUGACCAGUCCAGUCUGGUCUGGACCAGGCCUGACAAACUUCUGCUCACUUGCAUCAUUUUCAUUCUGAGCCAGUAGGACUUUGGGUAGACUUUAAAGCCCAAGAAUUGGUACUCGCUUUGGCUAGUGACAUUUGAUUUUUGUCUCCAUCUUGAUUUCUGACAUCGUUGGCCAAGUCACAUUAACUUUUUUUGAUCACCGAGAAAAACCGUCGAACAAGGCAUUAUGGAGGGUGGUUAAGGUAGAGGGUGGGGGGCAGGAAUGCUUAUGUAGGGUAGGAAGAAUGUGGGGGUAGCUGUUUGGUUAUGGUGAUCCAGUCCUUUGGAACCUUACAAGGCUCCUGUGGGCAUGUCGAUGUUACCAUUACAGCCUCUACGACCCACCCACCUUUGAAAAGUCAGUACAAGUAGACCACAGUUGAAAGUAGUUAGUAUAAUUCUACUAAGGUUUAAUCAUUAUACUUGUUCACUUCCUGGUGCAUAUUUCCUAAAUAUGCUUGGGGUUUGGGGUGGGGGGUUGAGUUUUCACUGUUCCAUUGCGUGUCAUCUUAUAUUUUUCUCCAUCCUGUGACUUUGGCAUCUUAUUCGACUUUCUAUUUUCUUUUCCCUUGGCUUAUUGCAGUAGUCUGCUGGUGCAGGUAGAGAGCUCAGUGCACCUAUUCCCCUGUUACUGCUAAUUAUCUUGAAUAUUGUCAGAGGUUAUUUUGAUGUUCUAAGAAUAUAAAGUCAUUUUUUACAAAAUCAUCUUUUCCAGGUUAAAAGCAAAAUAAAAAAAUCCCCUGUGCUAGGGUGCCCAUUUCAGCUUUUGACAUUGCCCCUGUACUUUUAUAGAUGCUCUUUUUGUCCGUGUUGGUAGUAACUAAUGACUAGUGAAUUUUCAUGUAAAUGAAGCAAAAUAAAUAUUUCAGAUUUUAUUAAUCUCUCAUAACCCAGCCAAAUCUGAUGACUUCAUUUUAAUUGCUUCCCAGAAGGCACUUCCCCUCCUACCUUCUAUUCUAUUCUAUUCUAUUCUAUUCUAUUCUAUUCUAUUCUAUUCUAUUCUAUUCUAUUCUAAUCUGUUCUAUUCUGUUUUUAGAAUAACACACUAGGUAAAGAAACUUUAACUGCAAGGAGUCGGUGACUUUUAGUGCUCCCUGAUAAAUGAUGUUAUUGACAAAAGUAAAAAAUUAUUUCAUUUUUUUUCCUGUAUUACUAUCUCCUCUCCUGUGCUUUUGACAGUGUGUUUAGUGGAUGGAUAAUAUGUAUUUCUCUUUCCCACUCCCAGAUUCCAAAUUCCCUGCCUUUUUGGCCCACCUCACCACAAAAGCUCCAUAGUUUAUUAAUGUAAGUUUGAAUGGAUGUUUCUUUGGGGAAACUUCAGGAGUUAAUGGAAGAGUUUCAGAAAGGAAUGAGAAUGCCGCAGGAGUUGUUCUGUGAUGGAAAUUGGUCUGUUGUUCUGUUAAUGCUGAUGGAAAGAAACUUACAACGCUUAAUAAAAAUCUAUUCUUUUAGUAAAAAAAAUUGUGAAAUAA